AUGGUGAAGCUGUUCUGUGCGAUCGUUGGUGCGGCGGGAAGCGCGUUCCCUGUGGACAUCGAUGGGGGCCAGUCGGUUGGAGACUUGAAGGACGCGAUUAAGGCGAAGAACCCGGCGACGAUCACGGGCGACGCCAAGGACCUGCAGCUCUUCCUGGCGAAGAAGGACGGCGCGUGGCUGAAGUCGAAGGAUCUGCUCCGGAUGCGGAAGGGGGAGAUCUCCGAUGAAGUUGAGAGUCUCUACAUGAAGGAGGAAUUGGACGAUCCGACGGACAAGAUCUGCGCAAAAUUUCCCAGCACAAUCCCCGACGGAACGAUUCACGUGCUGGUGGUGGUUCCGGUUGGUGCAGUUGUGGUCCAAGAGGUGCACGAAAUUCAUGCGCAAACUGUGCUGACCAAGCGCAAGACAUAUGUCCACUCGAAGGUGGGUUCGACCGAGUACAAGGAACUUCUGGACGCCUUCAACAUUAAGGUGCAACCUGUGCGUAAAGCUGCUGCUAAGUGGGGUGAAGUCAAGGGGUUCACAUGGGACAUGAAACUCAGCGAGGAGAAGCAGAAAGAUGAAUAUCGCGAGUAUGUUGACAGCAACAUUGGCGAGCUUCUCCAGGAGGAGAAGCUUUGCGUGUUCGGUGUGGAAAAUACGACAGAUAUUCUCCGAGUUGUUGUCAACGACUCCAACAUUGAGCUCCGGGGUCGCACCGAUCUUCUCAUACUCAGUGAUAUCGUCAUGGAGAGCGCGGAUUAUGCGCUGGACUUGCCUGAAGUGAAGAUGCUGAUUGAAGUGAAGAAAAAGGUUGAAAGACAAUCUGUCUUCCAGGCGAUGUCAGAGCUAAUUGCUCUGGCUCUGCUUGCCGACGACCCAGUGGAAAACAAUACCACUUGCGUCAACAAAGUGAACAUUACGAAUCCAGGUGAAGCUUUCGAGUUGAUCAGGCAGCUACUGAAGCCUACGGAUAUCAUGACCCCAGUGCUUCAAGACCCUGUGAAGCGCCAGAAGUUAUCCCGGGUGUUGCCGUCCAUCAGCGAGGCCAGUGAAAGUGGCGGGAUUCGUGAGAGCAUCGAACGAUACUAUGACAUCGCCAGUUGUUUAGGCCCCGACUUGGACAUGGCGCGUGCUGUGGCUAGACAGGUCACUCGAUCUAUUCCCACGUUGAGUUAUUUCAGCUAAUUCUUGCUUUGGCAUGCUGCAUUAAUAAUUUUUUUAUUCUGAUAAAUAUAAAGUUAAUAAUAUACAAAG